UGUAGAACUUAUAUACUUAUAAUAAAUGUUGUCUAUGAGAAUUGUAAUGCCAUGAAUUAUGUGUAUGUCCAUAUAAAAUCAUAUAAAACGUUAACCUUAACCUCGUAUAAGCAAACAAUCCAUAACUAAACAACAAAUUUCCUAAAUAAUCCUACAGUCAAAUCGGGAAAACAACAUAAUCGAAACUUCCACCAAAACUUGUUUGAAUUACAAAACACCUCAAUCUCCGAGCAUUUUUAAGCCUCCUCACUUCACAUCUCUCUUCCCAUGCCAGUUUUUCUUCUAACCUUUAACCGCCCUUUUGAGUGAAGUGGUGAAUCCUACGGAUUUGAGCUUUAGGAUAAACUUGGUUGUAAUGGGCUCCCUCAAAUUCCACUUCCCUCGAGUGGGUCUUCUCAAAAACGCCUCGAAACCCUACCCACGCUCUUCAGUGGUGACCAGGGGCGGACCCAAAAAGCCUCUGUGGAGGAAAAGCGUGCUAUCCUCCGAAGCCAUUCAAGCAGUCCAUUCCUUGAAGCUAGCCAGAUCAUCCGCACCUAGAUUGCAACAGGUUUUCAAUGCCAGCCUCACCAGGCUGUUGAAGGCAGACUUGUUGGACACCUUGGCUGAGCUCCAAAGACAAAAUCAUUUGGACUUGGCCCUUCAGGUGUUCCAAUUUGUGCGCAAGGAAGAGUGGUAUGAACCAGAUUUGCUCAUUUACUGUGACAUGAUUCUAUUGUUGGGAAAGAACAAAUUGCUUGAAAUGGCUGAAGAGCUCCUUUCUGAACUAAAGAAAGAAGGCUUAGAACCCAGCACAAGGGCUUUUGCUGAGAUGAUUGGAGCGUACAUGCAACUGGGUAUGAUAGAAAAGGCAAUGGAGACAUAUGAAUCGAUGAAGGCAUCAAGUUGUGCCCCAGAUAGGUUAACGUUUAUGAUAUUGAUAAGAAACCUUGAGAAGGCUGGGAAAGAAGAAGUACCAGCAGUGGUAAAGAAGGAAUGUGCUGAAUAUGUUGAUUCUCCUGAGAAAUUCCUUGAAGAAGUCGAACAGAAAUAUGUAAGGAAUUUAAGUCUUUAUGCACUCAUGCUCAUCAUUUUUUGCUCUACAGCACAAGCCAAGGUAAUUUUUCCUAUGUCUCUUUAUUAAUAUAGGGAAACAAAGCUGCAUUCUCUGACUGUUAUAUGAAGGAAAAUCCACAUCAGGGCAGAAGUAUGGGAAAAACACUAUCUCACUGCAUGUCAUUUGUAGAAGGCAUAGAUGCCUCUUUUAGA